GCGAUAUUGCUUUCCAUACAGAUCGCGAGUCAGGAAAACAAUAAACAAGUUCAGCUGUGUGUAUAGUAUUACUCUGUUGCCCACUUGCCAAUGUAGAUCUGUUUCAGCUGGAUGAGUAUAAUUAACAAUCACUCUUUGCUAUCUAAUUCUGUUUAUCAUAACAGAAGAGCAGGCUAUAAAACUUGGAAAUGGAUAUUGUUGCUAAAAGUUCCAGUGAUCUUGCAAGCUUAGUACAUCUAGAUUUGAAAGGUGCUCCUCCUAAGGUCGACUAUUAUGAACGGCUGUUUCCACUUCUUCGUGUUUUGGGAGCAACAGGUCUUUUGAUCGAGUAUGAAGAUAUGUUUCCAUACCACGGAGACCUUGAAGUUUUAGCCAAACCAGAAGCCUACAGUAAAGAUGAGAUUAAAAGAAUUCUGACAUUAGCAAAAGAACAAGAUUUGAUGGUCAUUCCUUUGAUACAAACAUCUGGUCACCUGGAGUUUGUUUUGAAGCAUCAAAAAUUUUGUGAAAUGCGUGAAGUAGAGAGGUUUCCCAAUGCAAUGUGUUUGUCUCAUACCAAUGCAUCAAAUCUUAUUCUACAAAUACUAAAUCAAGUUCUUGAACUUCAUCCUGAUGUACAGUGGCUCCAUCUGGGAGCAGAUGAGGUUUGGCACCUUGCUGAAUGUCUCAGGUGUGAGGAAAAGAUGAAAGAGAUGGCAUGGACAAAAGGUUACCUCUUUUUAAACCACAUGGUCACUGUUGUACAAAAUCUUCAAAAACACCACCCUAAUAUUAGAUUAAUAAUGUGGGAUGACAUGAUGCGCCAUUUAGAAGAAAAAGUUAUUCGAGAGUCAGAAAUUGCAAAAUUUGUAGAACCCAUGGUGUGGCACUAUCUUCCACCAGAUGAGUUUCGUCUUGGCAAAUCUUUCUGGGAGAAGUAUGCCUCCAUCUUUCCAAAUAUAUGGAUUGCUAGUGCUUUUAAAGGUGCAACAGACAUGACACAGUUGUUAACACCACCUAGCUACCAUCUAUUAAACCAUCAAGCAUGGCUGCAGCUGCUGGCAACAGAACUUUUUACAGCUUUCAAGUGUAUUCGAGGUAUUGCUCUGACUGGCUGGCAAAGGUUUGACCAUUUUACAGUAUUAUGUGAGCUGCUUCCAGUAGCUCUACCAAGUUUGGCUUUGUGUCUACAGACAGUUAUUCAUGGUCAGUUCAACUCUGAAGUUCAUGAGAAGGCCUCAAAAUUGCUAGGUUUCAAGGAACUUAUUCCUCUUGAGCUAUACCCCAGGCCUAAACCUGUGGUGUCAACUCCAGAAUUUCCAGGAGGAGAAAUAUAUGUGGAUGUGCAACACUUAACAAACAUCAUCACAGAAUACCAAAUUUUAAUGCAUCAUCCUAGUGUUGAAGGGGCAUUUACGGACUACCAUGUGGCAAAUAAUCGAACAAACCCACUUCAUAUUGAUCAGUUUUUACCAAAAGCUCGAGUCCUGUUAGUAAACAUGGAAGCACUUAAUAUACGUCUUAAUGACCAUCUUCAUCACAUCUAUGAUGCGAAAACCGUGGAAGAGUGGCUUGCUGUCAAUGUUCUUCCCUGUCUCCAGAAACUGAGACAUUUAGUACGCGACGCAGAACAACAAAAUGUCUUAAAUGCUUGCAUUUCCACGAGGUAGCCAUGAUGGAUAAAUAAUACAAGACUUUAUUAUGGGCAUCGAUGAUUCCAUUCUAUCCUAUGGUAUAUAUUUUUAUAUUUUUUAUGCCCAUGAUAGCUGUACAAAGCUUUAAAGUAAAACUGUGUUGGGAACAUAUUUGAAGUAAGUAGUUGUUUUAGAUAACAGUUAUCAAUGUUAGGUUCUUCAGGAAACAAUGUACAGUAUAUGAUAAAAUAAUGACAAAUCUCUCUAUUGCAGUAGAUUUUAUUUGUGACAACUACAAUGAUCAUUCUCUGCAUUUCUAUAUAUUAAAAGGGUUGUUUAGAAGUUUGGCCUUCACAACUCCUAUUAUCUCAAUUUUACAGUCUUACAGCAUCCAGUAAAAUUAUGUUUGGAUUCAUAGACCAGGUAAUCAUGUAUUGUAAAUUUUUCUCGAAAUAAAGUCACUAUUUGGAGCUGA